CUUUGUAUCCUGAAAUUCUUGGAAGUUAAUUCAGCUGAGGGAAUCAUGUGGUCGAUUCUGGGAAUGUCAUAUGAUAAGAGUAAUCAGAAACAGGAAGGAGAUUAUUGUUUCAAACAGUCUUUGAAACUGAGUGGAAAGCACACACAGUUCAUCAACGAAUGGCAUUUUGUUGGACCAUUUGGUGUUGGCAAAACAGAAUUUGAUGGGGAUCCACUUGCAGCUUAUGGCGGGAUUAGAAAUGUUUCUAAGUUUAGAUUGGAAACCAAAUCUACUGCAAGUUAUUAUUCUGAGCUAGUUUCUAGUGGUGUUACAUCUUGGGCUGUGGUAAAACAAAAUCAGGCUGAUGAUAUGGUGCAAGUGCGAACAAAGGUGGACUGGAAUGAUCUGGUCAGCUCGUUAGGCUCUUUAGGCAUCACAGAAUGGCAAGGCUGGGCUGUCGGUGAGCUGUUGGUCAAUGAAGAUGAUGCCCGGCUCUCAUUCCACUGUCUUGGUGUGGCUAAAUGUUAUGUCGGUCAAUCUAUCAUCGUUGGAGAUCUUUAUCACAGGAGUCAGUUCUGGUUUCCUCUUACAUUGCCCAGAGGAGUUCACACCGUGUUUAUACCAUUACGAUCCAAAGUCAAUGCAAACUUUAAAUUUUCUCUAGCAAAAUUGCCUAACUUUAAGAUCAUGCAACCUUCUUUCUUACCAGACAUUCAAAAUGGUUAUCUUCCGUUUAACGUUUACAUAUCCAUACCAGUUUCUAAUCUGAUGGUGAAAAAAUGGCUCAAAGUGACCAAAGUAAGCAUAGAAGGUCAGUCUAUUGGUGAAGCACUUGCAACGUCUCUGGUGAACUCAGAUAAUGACAUCGCUCCAGGUCAGGUCAAAUUUAUUGCCAUCAGACUAAGUUUAAAAGUAAAAGGUGAAAAUUCUCAAAUUUUACCAAAGUGUAAAGAUGUGGAUGUAGAUCUGAAGAUUAAAACAUCAGAAGGAGUGGAACUCUUGAAAUUGGUUUUGAGAUGUAGGAACAAAGGAAGCUCUUUUCUUUUCACAUUUCUGGACCAUGACGGGUCAGUUCAGCAUGCUGCAGCAAUUGAACCCAUCGGUGUCUGUCCCGCCAAACUGUGCCCGGUGGUUCUCACCCUGCAUGGAACGUCAGUGCCUCCCCAGAAUCAAGCUGACAGCUACAAAAGAAUGGUCAAAGGUGAUUUCCAGUUUGGCAUACGUAAUAUGUGGCUCUUGGCUCCUACUAGGUACCAUGCUUUUUAUAGUUGGGGCCUUUUGCCUAAUUUUUUACAUAAUCUCCAUUUAUUUUAAUAGUUAAAAUUAGUUAAAAUGUUUUUCCUUGGCUGAUUGGUUCUUUAAAAUACUUUUUAAAAAAUUAUUUCGUUAAAUUUAAAGAUAUGCAUUUUAAAUUUCAAUUAAAGGUUUAGAUUUAAUCAUUGAAUUAUUGACUAGAUCUAUAACUUUGCCGUACCAGUAACAGUUUCGAUGAAAAACAGGGGAACACUGUGUCAGUCAUUUUUAAGGUGCUAAUAACCUGAUAAUGUCUGAUCAUCUCUGUCACCAUUGAAACAAUUGAAAUAUUGACCAAAAACAUAUACUUUGUUACUAAAAGUAAGUACACAUAUAAAAAUGCUUUUAAAAAUGGGUGCUAACUCAUGGAACAUAUCAAGUAGGUAUAUGCAUCAAUGUCAUCAAUCAUAUUUUUCUUUUAGAUGCUGAGCUAGAUUAGUUAUUAAUUUCAUUAGAUUCUCUCCUCUAAUAAUCAGCUAAGUAAUAUGCUAUGAUGAUUAUAUUUACUUUCUUCCUCUCAGACAUGGUGCACACAAUUGGGAGGGCCCUGGGGCUCUGACUGCUAUGACCUCCCUGCAAGCUCUUCAUGAAAUGACCAAACAAUCAAGUUGGUUUGAAAUGCAAGCAGAUCCUAACAAAGUUCUAUUUGCAGGUCUGUCAUCUUCUAACAUCAUCAAUUUAUCUCCCAAGAAAUUCGAAUCAUUUUUAGUGUUAAGAAAUCAGUGUUAAGAAUCAGCUCUAUCCUAGUACAUUCCAUGAUCUUCUUAAAUAGAUAUAAUAUGACUACAACUGUUUUGUUGCUUAAAUGUUGAUAUUGCAAUGAUUUUUAAAUAAUUAAAUCUUUUAUAAUUCAAAAGGCCACUCAAUGGGUGGUCAUGGAGCCUGGCAUUUAGCUUCACAUUUCCCUGACAGGGCCAUAGGUCUCAUCUCAUUGGCUGGAUGGAUGAAGAAGGAGGAGUAUGGGGAUAGCAAUUUGUUUUUUAGGUGUGUUUGUUCAUUUUGUCAUAUCAUCCAUUAAAAUAUGGCAAAUCAAUUUAUUUUAUUUUAUGAGGAUAUAUGUAAUAUUUCUGAUAACAUAGCAACUUUUUAUUCUAUCCCGCCAUCUCCAGGGAUUCUUCAUUACAUAAACUGUCAAGCAGAAUUAUGCAAAAGCUAUGUAAUAAUAUUGCAAUAUUAAUUAAUCUGUUAUUUAAGAUAAGAUGAGAUUAUUUAAUUAUCCAAAAAAUGGAUUUUUUUUUAUAAUACAUUGUACAUAUUCAUUUUCAGCACACAAAUAAAUAUAGGUACAUAUUUAAACCAAGGCAACAUUUUACAAUUAUAACAAUUUAAAUACAAGACAUCUGAAGUAUUUCUCUAGUGGAGAAAUCAGCCACAAAUGAACUCCUUUAGUGACAAUAAUGAGAUUCCACAUAACAAGAAUCUAUACUCUUUAGAGCUCAAAAUUUAUUAAUGAAUCCUGCUCUGCCAAUGUUUCAGUCAUGAUAUAGCCACAAGUCACACAGAUCCCUCUGUGAAAGCCAUCAUGGAAGCUUGUAUUGGGGAAAAUGAUGCAGACAAGCAUGUUGCUAAUCUCAAGGUGUGGUAAUGUUUUAAGGAGAGGCAUUCAACUAAAUCAUUCACAGUAACCGUUAACAUUUGAAAUUAAAAAUGUUUUUCAAUUUGUGACUUAUUAUUUUGUAAUUAGACCAAGAGCGUGCUCAAUCAAAUUUAAAUUUCUUCUAGGGCAUUCCUGUUUUGGCAAGGAUAGGAAGUAACGAUCGCACAGUCCAUCCGUACUAUGUUCGCCGUAUGGUCAGGCUUUUGAAAGAAGCAGAUGUCAAUGUGGUGUAUUCAGAGCUGCCUAACUUGGAGCACUGGUGGUGGGACACAAUGUGUGUAUUUAUUUCCAAAAUGUGUCACUUUUAUUUACAUUCCCUUUGCUGAUUAUUACUCUAGGCUAUCACACUUUAAAUAAAACAGCAACAGCUCAUGUCCUAAAAUUUGUGAAAAUUAUGUUAUUUACUCUACAGAACAUUUUGGGGCGGGGGGGGGAUUAUGCUUGUAAUUAGUUUUUGUAGUGUUGCGUUUGUUUUAAAUGUGGUAAAUUAUAGAUUUUUUACUCUUGUACCGCGCUUCGAGCCUUUGGGGAUGAAGCGUGUUUUUGAAAUACACUUUAUUAUUAUUAUUAUUUAUUAUGAAUGGCCACACAUUACAAAUUAAUAUUUAAAUAUAAAUAUGUUGUUUUAACAGACAGCAGAGUCGUUCUUAGGAGGUUGGGGGCCCUAAGCAUGGAGCGUAGGUUGGGGGCCCCGGAAGGGGGAGUCCGGGGGUGGAGCUCCCUCAAGCUGAGGAGAAAACACCACCCACCACUGCGGCACCUCCAUUCUGCCUUCAUCAAUGUUUCCUCUUUGCUCGCGUGUAACCACUAACCAUAGUGAUAAUUCCGCCACUAGAGAAAAUGUGUACUUCUGAAAUAUAUGGCAUGCAGGUGGUAGUGGGGCCCUAGGCGGUUAGUGCCAGUUAAAAAAAAAACGGGGGAUCGAGGGCGCCUCAUGGGGGGCCCCCUCAUGUUUGGGGCCCUACGUGGAUGCGUAGUCAGCGUAUGCCUAAGAACGGGCCUGCAGACAGUUUUAAUACUUCACUUUUGAUACAUACAUAUUAGGAAUAUUUUUUUUUAAAAACUUUUAACGAAACAGUUAUGUUAAAAAAAACAAUUUUAAACUGAACUGUCAAAAAAAGUUUCAAAAAAAAAAAUUUGGUCUGUCACUGAAUUGGUGUGGACAAAUUCUUGACUUAAAUGGAAUCUGGUUACUGUUGCACACCAUUCAAUAAAUUAAAUUGGAAUUCCAAAUUUUCUUAUUGGCCUUAAUUCAGACUAUUAGUGUGUCAAUGUAAUUUUUUAGGUUAACAUAUAGAACUUUUUAAGAGAAAUUAUAAAAAAAUUAUAACAAAGUAAAACAUUUUACUAAACAAGACUUUUAUAAAAUGAUGUAUUUCCACUGUAUUUUCAAAUUUAGUUAACUGUUUAACUACCAGAUUGAAAAAUCCGCGGUCGCUGUAUUAAAUCUAGGUCAUAUUUUCUCAUUUUAGCUGUAUGUAAAAAUUCAGCUGCAGUUUUAUUAAUUAUAAACAUAUUCUUAUGAUUAAAAAAACAUUUUGUAGGUAAUUGAAUCAUCUAUAAGAUAAGCAUAAAAUAUUUGUAAAGUUAAGUUUUGUUAGGAAAUUAUUAAUUGUUAAAUUAGUAUUUGCAACAGAAAAACAAUUUAAAAAUGUAUAAAUGUGCAAACUUAGGUAUAAAUUUUAAAUUUCCAAAUCAUUUAAAGCCUUUUAUUUGGUGGUUUCCAAAUAUUAUAUCCAAUAAUAAGAAAAAUGCACAAAAGAACACAGAUAUUGAAUAAUAUUUACAUUUCCAAUCACUUAUAUGCCUUUAGUCACCCUGUCCUUUCUUGCCAUGGUAAACAAGUAGUUCAAUUUUGUAACUAGCUUGGAUAUUAAAAAAAAUAAAUCAACAAGCUCGUUUUUUAUAACUUUCUGCUGAUAAGCAUGCAGUUCAAAUAUAAACAUCAUGUCGGUAAAUAAAAAUCUGGAAACAAAACGGGAAUGGAAUAAUAUAAAUAUUUGACUAUUUAAUACGAUACAAACAUUGUCGCUACCAGCGGCUGGUGGCCAUAACGGAAGAAACGCCACGCCGCUCCCACCGGCUCAUGGUAGUUAACCAGUUAAUUCAAAUGUUGCCAAGAAUGGGAUUUAAGUUAAAAUGUGAAUUAAGUAUUUCAAAUGCCUUCAUACUUAUUAAAUUCAUUGAUUAAAGAAAAAAAAAUGAAUUUCUUAAAUUUCCACAGAGACACCAAUGAUGGUGGAUGUGUCAAUGAUGCCCAAGUUCGCAAGUUUAUUGCCCAAGUUUAUGCCUCCCUGACUCCCACUGAGACAGAAUUCUGCUCUAAAGAUGCCAGUGAUUGUGAUGGUCCAGCAAAUAACAAUCCUCAGCAACAGCAGGAAAUCUUCACUCUUGUAACUGUUAACCCAGCAUUUGGUGAGGGCUUACGAGGUAUCAGAGUCUUACAGCAGAUGAUUCCUCUCAGAACUAGUACUGUUAAGGUAGGUCAGGAGAUGUGCACUAUAGAAUAUUUCGUAAUAAAGCCAUGCAGAGUAUUUAAACCGAACACUACAUCAAGUGUAGCACAUUGCACUGAACAGUUGGUGACUGCCUUUCACUUUAUGUUAUAGAGACUUUGCCAGUAAAGUUGUUCCUGUAUGGUGCAUUUAUUUUGUCAAAGAUUACAUUCAUGUUUCCUACUUCUAUAUUGGCUUCCUCUUUUAUCCCUGGUUAAAGAACAGAGUCCAGCAUUUUUUAUUCUUAACUAUUAUAUAUCUGGAUGUAAUUGGAAAUAGUUUCUCAAUAAAUAUAAUAAAUAUAUUAAAAAACAAUGGUUGUCACAAUAAGAUAAAAGACUACCAAAUUUCCAUUUUAAAAAAUUUAAAAAGUGGUGCUGAAAGUUUUAUGGCUAUCUCUUUUUUUAAUAUUCUAUUUGCAGGUAAAUGUUACAUCUACCAAAUUGGUACUUGCAACCCAAAAUGUCCAAUGUCUUCAAAUAAUGAAAGGUGUUCCCAAUAGAGGUCUAAACCUUGGGGCUUUACAGACCAUUGUUGUAAGUAUUUUAUCUUAAUGGCUGAAAGAAUGGGAUCAGCAGAGCUUGUCUGUUCACCUUUUGUAACUUGUGAUGAAACAAUAUUGAAGGGCGGAGGGCUUUCUCUGUUGGUAGUGCAUUAUCAAACUUGGAAUACAAAUGAAUUUCUUUGGGAAAAGUCAAAUUAAGAAAGUGGAUUUUAUUAUUUGCAGAUAGAUGGAAGCACUGUUGUUUUAGAGACAAAAGACUUUCCACAAUCAUAUUGCGUGUGAGUUAAAUUUAAUAUUUUACACCUAUCCCAAGUUUUAUUUUAUACUUGGUUAAAACCAACUUUAUUUUGUAAAGCUCUUAAUUAUUUUAUGAUACAUGUGCUCUCAGUAAUUAGAUUAACAAUUUUUUAUUUUUUUUUUAACAUCUAAGACCAUAAGAAUACAGUUUCAGGGUUUGAAUAAAGUGAUGCUCAUUAAAUUUUAUAACAUGAAAUUAUUUGUUUUUAAGUUUGUAUCAAUUACACGUCAUUCUCAUUACAACUGUUUUUUGUCCAAAUGUUUGUCUAUAUCAGUGUUCCCCGAAUGGUGGUCUGUGGACGAGUACCAGUCCUCGAGCUUUGCGUUGUUGAUUCGCAUAACAUGAAUAUUUAUGGUGAAAUUAAAAGAAAAUAUAAUCAAUAAAUCCUGCAAUGUUCCCUGGUACAAUUUUGAAAUUUGUCCAAGGAUCCAUCAAUUGUAAAAAAUUUGGGGAACCCUGGCCUAUAGUAAUGAAAUUAUUUUCACGAAAAAUGAAUUUUGUCUUGCUUCCCACACUUGACAUAGAAUGACAUCACCCACUGGUCCUCAGUGGCAUUUAUCUUCUCACGCACAGUCUGGACUGGUAAGACAACUACACAACUAUGGUCCAGUCAGAAGAAUAGCAGAACAAAAUUUUAUUACUGUCAUAGGUUAGUAUGUUCUUUUCAUUGAAUUGGUACAAAUACAUCAUAAUACAUUACUUAUAAUUAAUUACUAAAUAAUUUUUAUAACACUAUACAAAAUAACAUUAUAAAUAAUUAAUAAGCCAAUCUGCAAAUAGGUGCAAUAUAAUACAAAGCUCUGUGAAUGAAAUCAUGAAAGUAAUAAAUUUAAUGAAUUAAACUUGACAAAAUAUUGAGGGAUCAAAAUGAUCACCAAAUAUGCCAUUUGUUUUAAGCUUUUGGAAUGUCAUUUGCAUGAUUGAGAAAAUUUAGUAAAUAACUCAUUAUUAAAUUCGAGAUUAUUAUUUAAUGUCCUAUGGGUCAAGUUUAUCGUUUUCCACUAAUUAAGAAUGUAUUACAAAUCAUCCAUAAUUUUUAGUACAAUUUGGAUUAAUCCUAUUACUUAUGAGACAAGUUACAUCACAUAUCUAUUUAUUGUGUUUUAGGAACUCAGGGAGAUGAUAUCACUUCUGAGUUAUUAUUGAGGCAUGCAGUUUACAUAGCCAACCAGUUCUUCCUAACAUCUGACACCACAGUCUCCAUUGUAGAGGACAGAAAUAUUAUUGAUACUGAUCUAGGUGACACAGAUAGUUAUAAUUUGUUUUGAAUCCAAUCUUUAACAUAUUUUAUAAAUCACAUUUUGUUUUGUUAGUACAAACCAUUAGGGGGCCAUUUAUAAAUAAUGUCACGUGUUGGGGUGGUGAGGGGAUAGUUGUCACAUUUUGUGACAUAGGGGAGGGAGUAGCAAUGGCCGCAAAUGUAAUUUAUUUUCUGGGCCUUCCGCACAGGGUGCAGAGGUUUGUAACGUUAUAUUUGAGGGGGGUGGGGGUCUAACUUUUUGUGACGAUGGGGAGUUAUCAGGAAAAUUUGCAUGACGUCAUUUAUGGAUGACCCCUAGUAAAUGCUAUAUUUGAAAUUCUCAUAAUUAGUUUAUCCUCUUAUGACCUUAAAGUCAAAUUUUAAUUCAAAUUUUUUUCUCUCUACUUUCAGAUGGUAUGAAUUUGAUCAUUUUAGGUACACCAACAGAAAACUUGCUGUCCAAUAAAUAUUUGAGUUACCUACAAGAUUUGGCAUUUAACAUUGAAAAUGGUACUUUAUUGUUAGAUUGUUUUUAUUUGUUAAAAAAAUUCCUGCAGAUAACCCUAAUUUUGCUGAAUCUUCUUUUUUCUUAUCUUAUAUCUUAUUACUCCCCUUUCAAUUCAAUUUAAAUUCUCAUUAGUUUAGUGGUGCUCAACCCUUUUAUGACCACCACCACUUUAUAAAAAUUAUUUCUUUAUGUCACCUUGUAAAUAAUAAGCUCUGCCAGUCUCCCAUGCUCAUCACUGUAUAUAUAAAAAAAUAUAUAGCAAAAGUGUAAAAUUCACCAGGUGCAAAGGAGUUUGAUGAAACUUUAUCACAAGUUUAGCCCCUUUCUUUUGCCUUACAAAACUAAGUCUCAGAGAUUUUACGUUCCCCAUUUUGUUGCAGGAACAUCUGAUUUAUAUCUUAGCCUUGGUAAUUAUUGUACCUACAAGUCACAUAGAACAGGAUUGUUGACCCUUGCCCCUCAUGAACGCGGCUUAGCCCUUGUCUUGAUGGGACUGUCUCACCAAGGCAUGGCGGAUAUUGUCAACUUGGCCACACCAACUAUACCACCUAUGGCUCGAUCUCCAGUAAGUCAGCUUGUUCAUUUGUUUUUCCUCACAGGACAGCUCUUUUUUGUAAUCUUUGCACUUCCUCUCAGAAAGCAAAUACUAUAUUUGUAUUUUGGCAUAAAAGCAACACUAAAUGUAACUAGUGUGAGCAGGAAACACCAGGGCCAUUUUAAUACACAGAAAGUUUUACAAAAUGUUUUUGUAAAAAAUCCUAAUUUCACACUGACAUGUUAUAUUUUUUUGUUGUUGUCUUGUUCCAGUUCUCCAACUUGUUACCUGAUUUUGUCAUUACUGGCCCUGAUUUUGAGUUGAAAGGACCAGGAGGUUUUCUAUGCAUUGGUUUCUGGGAUAAUAACUGGAGGUUAUCAGCAAACUCAGCUUCAUGUACAUGUGAUGUAUCAUAACAUAACAUAUGUUUAGGCCCAUUAAAUUUUAUGGUUCUGUUUUAGUUGUUAUUUCAUAGUUGUGAGUUUGAAAUUUAAAUAAUUUCUUUUAAUAUCAAGG